UCAUAUGAUCAGCGACUCACUAAUUGGUUGCAAAACUUUUGCUAGAUUUAAAAAAAUAACUUGGGACACAUACAAGAAUGUGCUGAUACCUCGAUUUGCUUCACUAGCGGCAACAACAGAUCUCUGGAUUUGUCAGAGCUAAAUUAGACCAAGCAGCAGAAAUGGAUUGGCAGAAAACGCUGCACAACUGGCAGGAACGGAUCUCUCAAGAGCUGGACUCGGUGGUGGAUUUUUGGCUACGGCACUCCCAUGAUAAGGAAUAUGGAGGGUUCUUUACAUGUCUGGACCAGACUGGAAAAGUUUAUGAUGAUCUGAAAUAUGUAUGGUUGCAAGGUCGACAGGUAUGGAUGUAUAGCCGGUUGUAUCGAAAAGUACCAAGAUUCCAGCGUCCAGAACUACUACAGGCAGCAAAAGCAGGAGGAGAAUUCCUGCUGAGACAUGCACGAGUGGCUCCACCUUCCCAGAAAUGUGCCUUUGUCCUGACCCGUGAUGGCCGGCCUGUGAAAAUCCAGCGUACCAUUUUUAGCGAGUGUUUUUAUGUUCUUGCGUUGGAUGAACUUGGUCGAGCUACAGGGGAAUCUCAUUAUCAGAGGGAGGCCCUUUCAAUGAUGGAAGCCAUCGUGCACUGGGUGAGAGAGGAUCCCUCUGAGUUGGGUCGUCCACAGCUGGCCGGUGCUGUCCCACAUGACUCUAUGGCCAUCCCCAUGAUGCUCCUCAACUUGGUGGAUCAGCUGUCAGAAGGAGAUGUGGAGGUUGCAAAUCGCUUCAAGGAAUUGGACAACUGGUCUGCUCAAAGAAUAAUGAGUCACCUUCAGAGGAAUGGUGCUGCAGUUUUGGAGAAUGUUUCUGAAGAUGGCAAGGAAUUGCCAGGGUGUUUGGGAAGACAGCAGAAUCCUGGUCAUGCAAUUGAAGCAGGCUGGUUCUUGCUCCGUUGUGCCAUGCGCCAGCUUAACUCAGGCCUCCAGUCUCAAGCAGUGGACAAAUUCAUGAAACAGCCAUUCCGUUCAGGCUGGGAUCCUGAACAUGGUGGACUCUUUGCCUUCCAAGAUGUUGAUGGUUUCUGCCCCACUCAGCUAGAGUGGAGAAUGAAACUUUGGUGGCCACACACAGAGGCCAUGGUUGCAUUCCUGAUGGGUUUUGCUGAAACUCAAGACCAAGAGCUUCUGGAGCUGUUUCACCAAGUGGCCAAUUACACCUUUGCUAAGUUCCGUGAUCCGGGACUAGCGGGAGAAUGGUUUGGGUAUCUGAGCCAGGAAGGCAAGGUGGCUCUCACAAUCAAAGGAGGGCCAUUUAAAGGUUGUUUCCAUGUGCCUCGUGCUCUCUAUAUGUGUGAAGAAAUUCUGAAAUCCUUGCUGGAAACAAAAUCCACCAUUCAGAAAUAAAAUGUUCUUUUGAUUUUUGUAAAA